UAGUACAGCGAACUCCUCUCUAUGGUCGGGCGCAGGCCGGAAGUUCCGUUAGCCGCGCCUGUCUAUGGUCCUGGAGGAGUUCACUCUCUAUGAAACUGGAAGUCUACGUUUAAAGAGCGCUCUUGGGAAGUUUCCUGGCUGUGGAGGAGGAAUUAUAGCAGAGCGAGACUUGCUGGAAUCGGGAAGAAGUUUGUACUGGACUGCUGGCGACUUGCUGGAAUCGGGAAGAAGUUUGUACUGGACUGCUGGCGACUUGCUGGAAUCGGGAAGAAGUUUGCACCGGACUGCUGGCGACUUGCUGGAAUCGGGAAGAAGUUUGCACCGGACUGCUGGCGACUUGCUGGAAUCGGGAAAAGUUUGUACCGGACUGCUGGCGACUUGCUGGAAUCGGGAAGAAGUUUGUACUGGACUGCUGGCGACUUGCUGGAAUCAGGAAGAAGUUUGUACUGGACUGCUGGCGACUUGCUGGAAUCGGGAAGAAGUUUGUACCGGACUGCUGGCGACUUGCUGGAAUCGGGAAGAAGUUUGUACUGGACUGCUGGCGACUUGCUGGAACGGGAAGAAGUUUGUACCGGACUGCUGGCGACUUGCUGGAAUCGGGAAGAAGUUUGUACUGGACUGCUGGCGACUUGCUGGAAUCGGGAAAAGUUUGUACCGGACUGCUGUUAACUUGCUGGAAUCGGGAAGACUGCUGGUGAUUUGCAACUUUGUUUGAAGCGGAUCCGAGCAAAUCUGCCUCAGAAAGAAGGGAACUGAAGGUGGCCAGAGGGCUUCCGGUGUGUUGGACCUCCAGGAGAUUUGUAUUAAACUGUCCCAAGGCAUCUUCAAUGACUUUGAUCAAAGAUAGUGGGAUUUGCAGCCAAGUGAGGUUUGCAGUGAGCUGCUCCUAUUGAGAUUUUUUGGAAAGAUUGAUAGGAAAUAGUAUCUGUCUGGAUUACUUUCAGGAAGGUUUUAGAAAG